AUGAAGACGCGCGCGACGACGACGACGACGACGAUAUCUGAUUCGAGCGACGACGACGACGUAAACGACGACGCGAUGGUCGCGAUGAAACCAUCACUUUUAGGGAAACUCGGCCAAUCCAUGAACGUGGCGGGCAUUUCUUUGUUCCUAAAGCUCGCCGUCUCGGACGCCUCGUUAGCCAUACCGCACAUCGACUGCGAGUCGAUUCAGGAUAUUGAUUGGUUCAAGUUAAAAAAAGCCGGGUUUACCGCGGUUAUUUUUGAUAAAGAUAACACGUUGACGAUACCGUACGCGGCGGAGGUGUAUCCGCCGUUGCGAGAGAGCAUGAAAGAGUGCAAGCAAGCGUUUGGGAACGAACGCGUUUGCGUGUACUCAAACUCAGCCGGGUUGAUUCAGUACGACCCGGACGGGAUCGAAGCGGCGCAGUUAGAGAAAGAGUUGGGGAUUCGCGUGGCGAGACACAAGGAAAAGAAGCCGAGCGGCAGCGGCACCGAGCUCGCCGAGUUUUUAAAUAGCAACAGCUCCGAGAAGGAAAAGAAUAGAAAGAGUACAACAAAAGACGAGGAGGAAAAUACGACGUCGCCGUGCGAAAAGUUCGUCUUCGUCGGCGACCGGUACCUCACCGACGUCGUCUUUGGCAACAAAUCUGGCAUGUUCACCAUCCGCGUCGCCCCAUUCGACGUAUCUCACGAGUCUAAAGCCAUCGCCGCGGCGAGAUCUAUCGAGAGUUACUUCUUGCGCCGAUGGAGGACGAAAAACAAAACCAAAGCGACUCCGCACGCGCUCGACGAAAAACGAAAAGACGACGAAGAAGAAAGCAGCGUCUAUUUGAAAACCAACGCCGCUCGAUCCUGGAGAGAAGAGCGGUGA